AUGCAUCUCUUCAAUUUUAUUCUUGCCUUGAUGGCAACGUUUUCGAUGGUCAUGGCCGCCCCUGUUGAGCAGGACAGUGCUAUCCAGGGCUAUGCCUCCCCCGAUGACGGCGAGAUUGUGGCCCGAGAGGUUGACAUCGAGGAGCCUGAAACUGAGAGUUUCAGCACCUUGGGAUGUCCCAAUGGAUGGAGAUACUGUGGAUGCACAAAGCAGAGUGGAGGUGGGGAUGGGAAACUUUGCGGUUCAAAUUAUUUAAUUGAGGAUAAGUUCAAAAGCCCCUGGAUUAUUGGCGGUGGAAUCGUUUAUACGAUGAUGUUGGUUUUCGUUAUCAUUCAAGUGACUCUUCGGUUAACUUUCUGCUUGGGAAGACGGCAGGUUUACAGCCAGCUUAGGCGAAGACCCAACGCGUGUAGCUCGAAUGGUUGGCCGUCUCCCUCUGGUGUACGAAGCGUUGUAGGAGCAGUUCGCGGAUGCCAAAAGGCAGAAUUCGCAUGGCUGAUGGCCAUUGCAUCGAAGCUUCCUUCUGCAAUCGACUCCGGUCAAUAUGACAGAACAAGUCGAAUAGUGACUGUGGUCCGGUCGCAGGCACGCGUGACACGCACGCGACUAGAUAUUCGAGGCCAUCGUUCCGACGAAUUAGGGGUGGUAGAUAAGGUAACACUGUCCUGGAUUGCAGCAGACUCCAUGUCGCAAGCGGUCGUCUCGCGAUGGUUCUGUCACUGGGGUGAGGUUGGAGUAGUUGGAGACGUGCAGUAA